UCAAAGAGCUGGUGUGUUCUCUGAUGUGCCUGGAAAAACAGGACCUGUGCAACAAGUUCAAGGGGCGCGUGCAAGCGGCUUCUCCCAGCGCCCGGUCCCCCUGGGUGGAGUCGAAUUCCAUAGAUUACCUUUUUGAAGGUAGGUGAGGGACCUGUGGGAGGCUCUCUGUCCAGGAGCUGGGCUCAGUGCGGCUGCUGUCCUAGUCACCUGUCUCCCACCUCCCCAAAACAGUGGGCAGCCCGCCAUGGGCCCUGGCAGCCCGACUUCGUGGCAGGGAGUGAGAGGAGGUGACCAGCACCAGCAAUUCAGUGUGUGCCUCCUGCUAAUGUGGUCCGUUACCUUUUAUUGAGCACAACCUUGGUCGUGAACUACACAAGGCGCUUUAUAUGCUCAUACCUACUUUUUUAUGUUCAGUCUCUCUCUUUGAGAAAUAAAAAAAAUUAAAGUAAUUUCUGUACAUUGUAGAAAUUUGUGGGGAAAAGAAGACGAAAUAGAAAAGAUACAUUCCCUAUGCUUAUGGCAUCAGAAGUCGCCAGUGUUCACACUGAGUGAGGAGAGCACUUUUUUUCCCACGAUAUAUUUUAUUUCUAAUCUUCACAACAAACCUGUGAGGUUUGUUUUCAUCAACCCAUUUUUUAAAAAAUAAGCAAAACAAAACUCUUCGAGGUUAAGGAACUUGCCAGCUAGUAAGUGGUGGAGAUGGGCGUGAAAUGGCCCUUUCUGAUCGUAGACAAGGCACUGGAUCGGGUCAAGAGUGAGAUGGGGUGGUAAGAAGAGAAGGAUAAAUACUCAGACAAUCGCUGGGCAGAGGGUAUAGCCCAGUUGUACAGCACAUGCUCAGCAGGCACGAGAUCCUGGGUUCAAUCCCCAGUACCUCCACUAAAAAAAAAAAUACUCAGACAACAGCCUCAUGGAGCUGAGAUCUGUAACUUGUUGUCCAAGCUUCUGAGGACAAAAUAGGGCUUGAAGGAACGGGAAGAAGGGAUUAAAAUAAGGAUGGGGCAGGAAAGAAUGGCAGAGAAGAAAGAAGGGAUGAUUUGGAUGGGAGGAAGCUGACUGGGUAGAUGGAUAGAAAGAGGAAAAGGAUGGAUGGGGAAGCAGAAAGGAAGUAUGGAGAGGAUGGAAAGGGAGUGAUGAUGAGAUGAGUGGGAAGGAAGGAGACUAGAUGGAGGGAUAAAUGCUCACAAGGAAAGAAGCAAGUAUGGAUGGAGAGAUGGAGGAUAGGAAUGAAAGCAGAUGAUGGAUCAGUGAGUAGAGAGCAUAGAAGGAAGGCUGGCUGCCUGGGAAGGAAAGGAAGGAUGAGAGGGGAGGAGAGGCAAAGGAUAAAGGAAAAACAAGGUGGAAAGAUGUCUGGAAAGAAAAGAAUGGAUGGAUGGGAAGCAUGGAGGAGUAGAAACAAAAACAUAGGCUGAUUGGCUAGAUAAAAGGAAGGAAGAAAGUAUAAAUGAAUAGGAAGAAAGGAUGGAUAGGAAGGAAGGGAUGUCGGUUGGAAAGAAAGGAAGGCAGGAUGAUUAAGAAGAAGGAAGGACCAUUGAGAAAUAUGAGUGAAUGGGAAGGGAAAGGAUGGAUAGAUGGAUGUAAAGGAAAAGAAAGAAGGGAAGGCAGGCAGAAAGACUGGCUGGAAGGAUGAUGGAUGAACCACUGCAGUGGUUGCAUGGAUAGGAAUAAGAACUAGAACAGUAGGGAAAGAUGCAGAGAAGAGGUUACUUUUUUUUUAUUAAUUCUUUUUACCUUCUCCUCCUUGAAGCUCUUCUGAUUCCCCUACAUCACACUUCAAGUCCCAGUGACCUUUCUUCUGCUGCCCUCAAAUGUGGCCCUGGUCACUUUCUUUCCUGAAUUUCAGUAGUUUGCAUAUUUCAUUUUCCCCUAAUUUCUUCCAACUCCUGGAGGUCAAGGUUUGUGGAGGCCUCAUCUCCCAUUCCCUCCCUGCCCAGGGCUGAAUACAUAUCAGUGUCCAGUAGAUAUUUCCUGAACACAUAAGUAGUGGUAUCUGGGGGAAGCCACAUGUUUUCCCUGAGCAGAAAUGCAGGGUAGGGAUGACCAGUGUGGUCAGAGCUCCUGCAGGCUGGUAAUCAGGGAGGGCUGUAUGGAAAAAGUGGCAUUUCGGCUGGACCUUGAACAGUGGUGUAUUAAUUUUCUCUUAUUGCUUUAUUCCUUGCCUCCUGCAUCUUCAAACCAUCAGUCACACCUAGAUGACCUUGUACAGACUGUCAGUAGAAAUAUGGACGUUAAAGACUGCCAGUGAGGGCUCACAAGGAAGUGAGUAGCAUCCUAGAGAAAACCUAAAUCUCCUUCAAGAAUACUUAAAUCACCCUGAACAGACUGUUAGUAGAAUUAUGGAUGUUAAAGGCACUGCCUCAAAGAAGGAAGUGAGGAAUGUGUUGCUGAAAAUUUAAGGAAGGGAGAAGUUGAAACAACACUGUAAACUGACUAAAACUUAAUUGGAAAAAAAAAAGAAAAUUUGAGGAAGGAGAAUGCCUCUUACAUACUGGCAAAAAGAUUAGCAGAAUUGUCCUGCAGGUUUUGGAAAGCAGAACUUGUAAAUGGUGAAUUUGGAUAUUUAAUCAAGGUGAUUUCCAAGUAACAUCCUGGUCUAUUCUUGGUAAUUAUAGCAAAACACAAGGAGAAAGAGAGAGAGAAAUUGAAAACAGCCUAAACAAAAAGGAACCAGGACUUUAAAAUUUGGGAAAUUCUCAACCUAUCCAGAUGGCCAGAGAGACUAAAAUGAAAAAAUUGCUUCCAAGAGUGUGAAGGAGAGAAGUAGCCAAGUGUGUGGUUGUACAGCCAUUUACUAAGACCCCAGAAAGAUCAAAAAUGUUCAGUCAAAAAAUGGCUCUUUGAAGAGGAUUUAAGGGCAUGACUCAGUUUCCCUCAGUCAAAUCGAGGGGCCUCUUGAAAGCUAAAGUGGCACCCCUCAACCAGCUCAGCAAAAGCCAAAAAUCGAGAGGGGCUUAUUUCAGAACGAUUUGUGGAACUAGCAUCUGUCUAAUGGAGUGGGUCCCCGUGACAUCCACAGGAGACCCGUAAAAUUCUCAAGAAUUUUAUAUCAGCAGAAACACUGCCAGCUUGGACGAGAAGGGACGGAGAGAAUAUGAAAUGAAAGAAGGCUGUUACCCAUCCCCCCGUCCCAGUUUCCACUGGAAAGAAGCAGACUGGUAAAACGACCUAGCUUGCAAGUAGCUGCUACCUUCCAUGAAAAGGAAGGAUGAUUCAGAGGGUGGAACCAAGAGCCCAGAGAGCAGUGCUGAGAGCCAGAAGUACUUCCCAGACCUUAACACCUAAUGGAGUUCACCUGGCAACAUUUCAAAACUGCUUUCGCCCAGUGAUUCCUUUUUACCUUCUAUUUCUCCCUGUUUGAACCAGAAUGUCUAAAACGAUUAUCCUGUGCCUUUGCCACCAUCUCAUGUUGGGAGCCGAUAACAUGUACUUUCUUUUCACGGGCCCACAAAUGGAUGGCAGUUGUGCCCCAGGAGUCACACUGAAUAGAUUGUACCCAGAGUCUCACCUGAACCUGAUGUAGAUACUUCAGGUGAUGGGAUUUUGGAAUUUGAGUUGAUGCUGUAAUGGGAUGAGACCUUGGGGGACCUUGGGAUGGGGUGAAUGGAUGUUGCAGUUGGGAGGGACGUGAAUCUGGGGGAGUCCAGACCAUGAUAGGCAGAAUGACUCCCCUAAAGAUGUUCAUGCCCUAAUCCCUGGAACCUCUGAAUAUGUUAGGUGUUACUAUUACAUGGCAAAAGGGAUUUUAAUUAAGUUUAUGGACCUUAAAAUAGUGAGAUUAUCUUGGAUUAUCAAAAUGGGCCCAGUCUAAUCCCAUGAACCCUUAAAAGCAGAGAACUCACUCCAGCUGGAAGCAGAAGAGAUGUUGAAGAAGGGAAAAUCAGAGAGAUUUGAAGUGAGAAGGAUUCAGCCAUGGUGUUCCUCACUGGAAGAUGAGGGGCAAUGUGAUUGGAAAUGUAGAUGCUUUCAGGAGCUGAGAGAGGCUCCCAGCCAACAACCAGCAUGGAAACAGAUCUCUGCCUGACAACCACAAGGAACUGAAUUCUGUGGACAACCUGAAUGAGCCUGGAAGUGAAUUCUCCCCCCAGAGGUUCCAUGGAGCCGGCCCCGCCUGUCCUGGUACUCACCCGGACAGAGGAGAUCCUGAGUGUCAAUGCCACAUACCAGCUACCCCACUGCGUGCCCCCACCGGAUCUGAACUAUGAAGUGGAUUUCUGGAAGGAGGGGACCAGGAACAAGACCCGAUUUCCAGUCACUCCCCAUGGCCAGCCAGUCCAGAUUCCCCUCCAGCCAGCCACCAGCGGACACCACUGCCUCAGCGCCAGAACCAUCUACACCUUUGGUGACCCUAAAUACAGCGAGUUCUCCGAGCCUACUUGCUUCUUCCUGGAGGCCCCAGGCUCCAACUGGGCAUUCCUGGUGCUCCUACCACUUCUGCUGCCACUGCUGGUGGUGGUUGCCACAGGGUGUGUGAUCUGGAAGAGCUUCAAGGGGAACCCCUGGUUUCAGUGUGCAAAGAUGCCACAGGCCCUGGAUUUCUCUGGACACAGACACCCCAGGGCAACAUUUCAACCCAGUGGCCCAGACUGCCUGCAUGACUUGAUCCUCUGUCCCCAGAAAGACCUGACUGGAAGAGUCAGGCUGACCCCUAGAGUCAGGGCCCCUGCCACCGUCCAGGCAAGAUCAGAGAAGGACAGUGCCAAGGAGGAGCAGGACCACAAGGAGGACACGGACAAGGAGGACACAGACGACGAUGUCAGCUUCCAGCCCUACAUCGAAACGCCCCUCUUCUUGGGUGGGGAGCACCAGAUUCCAGGACACACUGGACCUCCUCUAGUCCAGGUCGAAGUCUCCUCUGCUUGUGAUUCCUCAGACAGAAGCUGGGCCAGCACUGCAGGCUCCUCCCCCUGGGACGAGGCUGGGUCCUCUGGCUAUUUGACCAAGAAGGGGCCAGGCCAAGGGCCUCUCCCAUCAUCUGAGUUCCCCGAGGAUUCGAGCUCCCUGGAAGAGCCCCUGAAAGACGACCUCUCCUCCUGGGCGAGCUGGGGCUUAUCAUCAGGGCUGAAUCUGGUCCCCAGAGAGCCCCUAGUUUCUCUUCGGACACUGACCUUCUGCUGGGACAGCAGCCCUGAGGAAGAGGAGGAGGAGGAAGAUGAGGAGGAAGAAGAUGGAAGGGAAUCAGAAAGUAAGGACAGCCAAGCCAGCACCUGGGCAGUUGAGAGCCUCCGGAGGGCCGAGACCAGAGGUCAGACACUGGGGCAUUACUUGGCCAGGUGAGCUGCCCCUGGCUUCUUGGUGCUGCCAAGCUUCCUGGGGACUCAAGAAACCCCCUAGACUUGAAAGCCUGAGAGCAUCAUCGCUGGGGCAGCAGGGAGUUCUUGCAGCCCUUUGGGGAACCCCAGCUGGAGGCUGUCUGCUAGGUUAAGCAGCCAGAAGCCACCCUGUCCUGUGACCUGCCAGCUUUGGGCUGAUUGCCAAGAAGUGUAGAGCUGAGGAUGGGCUGAAGUCAGAGGUUGGUUGGGUGUCAGAUCACCCCCAUUGUCCCUGGAGUGACAAGCCAGUUGGAAAAAUCAUCCCUGGACAACAUGAAGCAGGUGAGGUCAGGCCACAGUGGACGUUGAAGGCUGAUACCAUAAGGGCCCAUCUGGAUUUGGAGGAGGGGAGAAAAUCUGGAGGCACACCUGGUGUAGCAGAAUCUUACACCUUUCUCCAGCACCCACUGGGCUCCCUCCCCCCUGAGUCUCAGCAUCCUGAUUCAUGAGCCCCCUACAGUGGGCCUCGGUGAAGAAAAACCCAGUUGGCUGAGGGUAUUGGAGAGGAUGUGGGAGGGUGUCAUCAUUCAAAUCCCAGUCCUGAGUCACAUGUUGCACAGUUUUUGAUAUCAGACAGACCUGGGUCCAAAUCCCAGCGCUGCCCUUUACUGGUUGUGUGGCCUU